CCAUUUUCUAACCAACCAAACACUCUCCAAAAGGGGAAAAAGAAUUGGCGAGCGAGAAUUUACACAGCCAUAAACAGUUAAGUUCCAAUUUCCAAUCAAAACCCAUGUCUCCGACGGUGUUUCUCCCUCUGAUUCUCAUAUUUCUCUCAGCUACUUCCUUCUCAACCCCAAGUGCCUUUAGCGACCACAACUCUAUUAGUAUCGACACUUACAACUUAUCAGCAUACCAAGCACUUCAACAAUAUGAUUUUCCGGUCGGCCUUCUUCCCACAGGAGUGACCGAUUACGAGCUGAACCGAGACACCGGAGAAUUUGAGGUCCACUUUGACGACACUUGUAGCUUCGACCUUGAAGGCUACAACCUCAGGUACAAGUCCCUCGUAACUGGAGUUAUAUCAAAAGGCAAGCUCAAGAAACUCAAGGGUGUCAGCGUAAAGAUCCUCUUCUUUUGGCUCAAUAUUGUUGAGGUGACUCGUGGCGACGACGAGCUGGAAUUCUCCGUCGGAAUCGCUUCUGCGAGCUUUGCGAUCGAUAACUUUGUGGAGAGUCCUCAGUGUGGCUGUGGAUUUGACUGUGUAGGGGAUGAUCAGUCUUCGUCUCUUAUGAGCUAUUAAUAUUAUGCGGAUGAGUAGACCAAGGAUGUUAACUGCCAGUUUCAUAUUCAGCGGCGUAGAGGAUAAUCUUUGGCAGAAAGGACAAAGAAUCCGAAAUGGGUAAUAAAAAAUUAAAAAUAAAAAAGUUGAAAAGGGUAAAAUGUUAAUCAUGAAUCAGUUAAUAAACAUGAAAAUAUAUGCAAUAACAGGACUUGGUUGUAUUUUAUUUUUUAAAGGUUUUGAGUGUGGUUAGUACCUCAACAAUUAGUAUUAUGAUGAUUGGGCUCAUGAAUUUACUUA